AUGGUAGCUAAUCACUUAAGUAGGAUUGAGGCUCUUGUGGUAACAUCUUCUUUACCCUUAGAUGAUUUUCCUGAUAAUAGACUUUGUGGUGUUGAUAUGACUGUUCUAUGGUAUGCUGACAUUGCUAAUUAUCUAGUUGCAUCUGUUUUACAGACUGAUAUGAAUAAGCAUCAAUUAAACAAGUUUAAAAGUGAUACUAAGUUCUAUAUAUGGGAUGAUCCCUACUUGUGGCACAUUUGCAAUGAUCAAGUUAUUAGGCGAUGCAUUCCUGAUAGUGAAUUUGAAUCUAUAUUGACAUUUUAUCACACUCUUGCUUGUAGAAGGCGCUUUAGUGCUAAACGUACUGCUAGGAAGGUUUUAGAAAGUGGAUUAUUUUGGCGCACUCUAUUCCAUGAUGCCCACGAGUUUUGUAAGAAGUGUUCCAGGUUUAGAAUUCCAAGAGCUAUCAUUAGUGAUCAAGGUACUCAUUUUUUCAACCGAAGUAUGCAGAGCUUACUUAGCAAGUAUGGUGUGAUGCAUAAGGUGGCUACUCCAUACCACCCUCAGACAAAUGGUCAAGCGGAACUCUCGAACAAAGAAAUUAAGCUCAUUCUUGAAAAGACAGUGCAACCUAAUAGAAAGGAUUAG